CAAAAUGUACUAGUUCAUUUACUUAUAAAUCUAGUUUAGUACAACAUAUGAGGGUUCACACAGGAGAGAAGUUCCAGUGUUCAGAAUGUUCUAGAUCAUUUUCUAAAAAAUCUAGUUUACUUCAACAUAUGAGGGUUCACACAGAAGAGAAGUUACAGUGUUCAAAAUGUACUAGUUCAUUUACUAAUAAAUAUAAAUUAGUUGAACAUAUGAGGGUUCACACAGGAGAGAUGUUACAGUAUUCCGAAUGUACUAGUUCAUUUACUUAUAAAUCUAAAUUAGUUGAACAUAUGAGGGUUCACACAGAAGGGAAGUUCCAGUGUUCAAAAUGUACUAGUUCAUUUACUAAUAAAUAUAAAUUAGUUGAACAUAUGAGGGUUCACACAGGAGACACACCAUAUCAUAGUACAAAAUGCAAUAAAUCCUUCACACAGAAGUGCCGUAUGGUAAGGCACAUAAGAGUUCAUACAAGAGAAAAAUUUCAGUGUUGUGAUUGUCAAAAAUGUUUUCCCAGUAGAGUGAGUCUCACAAGGCAUAGUAGAACUCAUCUGACUUCUUACAGUAAAGUUCAUGCAAAAGAUAAUAAAUGCCACAAAAAAUAUGAUAAUAAACAAAGGCUGAAAAAAUGUUGUGAGGAGAAGUCAGGGAGUGGUAGGAGACUCACCCAGAGGAACCACCACCUUGGUGCUCUCGGGAGCCUCUCUUACCAGUGUAAGACAAAGGCUGUGUGUAAACUAGCAGAUAAUGACCUUGUAGUGAGUAGAUCAACACAUUUCAUAGACUGGUCAGGUCAUGGAGUUAAAGAUGAACCUGUUGAUGGUCAACCUUCAAUCUUAAGUAUAUCAGAAGAUCCACUUCAAUCUGAGAUGGUUCCUCCAUCUUCUAUAAAAUUAGAGAGCCUUAAGGAGGAAUUUGAGUUUCUUGAGGAAGAAUUGUGAAACCUUGUUAACAUUUUGUGUGUAAUGCAAGCUUGUGUAUGUUUAUAUUAAUAAAUAUAUACUGAGAA